UUAAUCUUUCUUCCGUUUUUUUUUUAUUCACAUAAACCAACCAGACAGAAAAAAAAACAGCAAGACAAAAGAUGUUCAAACCUAUGAGUUUCGACAAGGAAGUUGAACUUUUUGGAGAUUCGAAGUUGAUCAACGAAGGCUCUUCGAUUCAGCUGACAAACUCUGUGAGUGGAAGCGAGGGAAGAGUGGUUUACAAGGAACCCAUCAAUCUUAGCAACUCGUUAUCUUUCUCGAGUUACUUCUCGUUUUCCAUGCCUAAUGAGACCGAUGACGUCAUGGCUUUUGUAAUGGUUCCAACUAGUUUGGAUCUUAGUCUGUUCGGUAAUAAAAACAACAACAGUUCCUCUGCCUUAGGGUUUCUUUUUGAGCAUGCAAAGAACGAGACGGUUGUGGCUUUUGAGUUUGAUAUAUCCAAUAGAGGAAACCGUGCGAGAGUCUUGUUAGGUAAACCUGAAUCUUCUGAAGUUAGAAACCUUUCUUUUGAGGGUGACUUGAUGAUGGAGAAUGGAGGGUCGACGUUGAGUUGUAUGAUUGAUUAUGAGGCGAGUUUGAAGAGAAUGAUGGUUCGGUUCAGGAAACUAGGCACGAGGAAGAUGUUGGAUCCGUUCUUUGAUUUCUCUGUAGACUUGGGGGAGCUUUGGAAGGGUGGUGAGUUCAUGGUGGGUUUAAGCUCUACAAACGGGAACUCUUCCGAGGCACAUGUUCUCCAUUCAUGGAGCUUUGACAUACGGCAUCCAACGCCGGUGUGUGUGCCUCCUCCAAUGUGGAUGCAUCCUCAACCGAGUGACACUUCUAAGAGGUAAAUGGUGGUGUUUCCUGAGUAAUAUGCUAUGACUAUUGUGGUGGUUGUUGUUGAAGAGGGAAAAUAACUACUAUGGAGUUUGGUCUGGUUUAAGAAGGUUGUCUUGUGUUUGUGGUGUGAACCUUCUUGUGUUUGUGGUGUGAAUGUAGAGUCUUCUUCUGCUUUUUCUUGUGUUGUCUUUUUAUUAAGUGUUACUUAUGUUUCUGGUUUCAUAUGUAAAAUAGCUAUGGGAAGAAGCCGUAAGCUUAUUGAUACUGUGAAGUUAACUUUGUUGUUGAUGUUUUUCUUGAUCCCAUUUGGAUUAUGUUUUAUGCAUUUAACACCCUUUUGGAACCAACGAAAGUGGCCCAAGUUAUUA